CCUAAAAGGGAAUUCAAAAGAUAUGCAACUUUUAAAUAUCUUACGAUUUUGCUCUUGAAUUGUGUGUGACGUAUGGGCGAAGAAAGCGAUGUUUAGUAAUACAGCUAAAAAGAGAAAAGUCGUGUUAGCAGGAGUGAGCCCAAGAUCAGAAUGAUAACCACAGAUGCUUAGCGAGUGCAUAAAAACCUUAACAAACCCUCUGAUACGACGUUAAAAAUCUCAAUCCGUUUAGGAAAAAAAAAAAAAAAAGUAUUUUUCAUGCACCUGUAUUUACGUGGAAAUCUAUUCAUAAAUCUUGCAUUUUCUUUUUCAGAUAAAAUGAUUUCGAUGCGGUUGGAAGAUGUUAAGGAGAAGAUACGAAGUGCUCUUCCUCUUGGCAGGAAAAAAUGUUCGCUGGAUGAGUUCAAUCGUCGCUUCCGAAGCAUAAUCGGGCACAGAUUACCUUUUAAAGAGUUCCAAUACCAAACAGAUGUGGAAUUCUUAAAAUCCAUUCCAGACACCGUUUCCAUCAACCGUAUUAAAUCCGGAGAAUAUUUUGUACAAGGAGUUAAAUUAAAAAGGACAGAUAGCUUUGGUUCUGAUUUGUCUACACACUGCAGGCUUUAUGGUCUUACUUCCGCACAUUGCAAAUCAAGCGAUUUUAAAGACAGCACGAAACCUCCAUUUGCUUCUAUUCAUAAAUCAGUUGCAUCAUUUAUGAGCGAAGUACCUGAGGAACCAGAAAGUUCUAGUGUUGUUCCAGAAGAUGUGAGAAGAAAUCUUCUAAAGCUUCUUGAAAUGUACCCCUGUGGGAUGUGUGCUUCCGAUUUUCCUUCGCUUUAUGAAGAAGUUAACCAUGUUACAUUUGAUCAUCGUGGAUUGGGAUUUGAUUGCCUGGCAGAUUUCAUAGAUACAGUUUCAGAUAUAUUCAAAAGGAAACAUAUUGCUGAAAUUAAAAGAGAUUGGUUAAUUGUACCGGCAGAUAUGGAAGAUCAAACUUUUGCUAAAAAUGCUGAUUUGUCUAAGGACAACUCUCUCGUCGUUGACAAUGUUAUUCAGAACAUCCGGAAAAUGUUAGUAAAAUACUAUCCUGGAGGCAUCCCUUUAGAUAGUUUUCUUCAUGUAUACACUAUGAACUACCAAGACAUAAUCAGCUUCAGAGAUCUGGGUUUUGACAAUAUACAGUGCUUCCUCUCAAGUAUCUCUAAAUAUGUGCCUCUGCGAAUGGACAAGGAUAACAUUUGCAAAUCUUCCUAUGUUUAUUUUGUUACCGAUGCUGCACCUGAAAUUUUUGGAGAGGAGACUCUUCCGCAUGAUAUUGUUCCUCCAGAUUCAGAAUUCUCGUUACAAGAACUUCCAUCUAACAUAGAUUAUUCAAAGUAUUUUGCAGUAUAUCUCUCGCAGGUAUAUAGCCCCGAAGAUUUUUACAUUCAAAUAGUAGGACGAGAUACAACUGAUGCCGUGGAAAUUGUUCAGGAUAAAUUACACAAAUUCUGUCGCGGACCCUGGAGCUACAAUUAUAAAAUGAGAAAUGCUCACAUAAAGGUGGGAGCAAUAUGUGCUGCUUUAUUUACAGAUAAUUUUUGGUACAGAGUAAAAAUUGUGUCUAUACCUUCAAUGGAAAUGGUGGAGGUAAGUCAUUUAUUGUAAUUUGAAUGUUUUGUAAUCUAACCCUUAGAUUCUGAAGCAUCUUAUAUUGUUAGGACGCUCUCUUAAUUUUAAUAUCAUAAAUAAGAAAAGGAGAUUUGCUAAAAUUUAUCUAAAAAAUGCCUCACGCAUUUCGCCCUACUUAGCCAAUUUUAUCGUCCGAAAAUCGAAAAGGGAAAAUUAUACGUAUAAUUUAAUUUCCGAAGUUGCGGUUACAGUGAGUAUUUAAAAAAGGAAAGUAGUCGUGGAUAAACUACUGGUGACUAUCACAAUAUUACUUCUUAGGGGAAAAA